CCGUUCAACCUCAGCAGUGACACAGCUCUAUGAAAAACAGGAUGUGCGAUAAAGUGCAAAGGGCAUCAAUCCAUCGGUUUGUCCAAACAUGGCGAACGUGGUGCUCGAGUUCAAGGCUUCUGCUGGAGAUUCGGAGCCCCAAAAUCGCCCGGUCCUCAUUGUCGGUCAACUGAAUAACUUGACGCAAACAAACUGGACCCAGGUCAAGGGGAAAUUGCAGCCAGCUGUCAGCGAAAAGGUCUGGCAGGCGGCUCUCACUGCUCUGAACCCUAACCCUACUGACAGCUGCCCUCUGUACUUGAGCCAUGCAGCCGUGGCAGCCCUGCCCUCACGGGUUAGCAGACACAACAGCCCUUCCUCUGCCCACUUCCUUUCCCGUCUGGUCCGUACCUGCCUGCCUGGAGGGACAAGCCGCUGCAUUCUGGUGGUGUGUGAGCGGUCUGAUGUGUUUGCCUCAGCCUGUGCCAUCGCCCGGGCUUUCCCUAUAUUCUCCCGUCGUUCUGCCUCCUCCCGCAGGACCGAGAAGAAAGAAGUCACUGUGGAGUUCAUCACUGUGGGCCAAGACAACGGACCACUGGACCUCACUAUACUGCAGUGUCUUGCCAAUGCUGCUGAUGGAGUGAGACUGGCAGCACGGAUUGUGGACACACCGUGCAAUGAGAUGAAUACUGAUCACUUCUUGGAGGAGAUUAAGGCAGUGGGGACUGAACUGGGCAUUUCUCCUGUUAUCAUUCGAGGAGAGGAACUGAAACAGAAAGGAUUUGGAGGGAUCUAUGGAGUGGGCAAGGCAGCGGUGAACCCCCCUGCUCUCGCAGUCCUGAGCCACAAACCAGAUGGCGCCACCCAGACUAUUGCAUGGGUGGGCAAGGGAAUCGUAUAUGACACUGGAGGCCUCAGCAUCAAGGGAAAGACCAACAUGCCUGGGAUGAAGAGAGACUGUGGUGGGGCCGCAGCCAUUUUAGGAGCUUUCAAAGCUACUGUCAAACAGGGCUUCAAAGACAAUCUCCAUGCCGUAUUCUGCCUGGCAGAGAAUGCAGUCGGACCCGCUGCAACACGGCCAGAUGACAUCCACACACUCUACUCUGGAAAGACAGUGGAGAUCAACAACACUGAUGCCGAGGGCAGGCUGGUGCUGUCUGAUGGUGUGGUGUAUGCCAGCAAGGACCUCUCUGCUGACAUCAUCCUGGAUAUGGCCACCCUGACAGGGGCACAGGGGAUCUCCACAGGGAAGUACCAUUGUGCUGUGAUGACCAACAGUGAGCAGUGGGAGAUGGCAUGUGUGAGUGCAGGCCGCAGCAGCGGAGACCUGGCUCACCCACUGGUCUACUGCCCAGAGCUGCACUUCAGUGAGUUCACCUCAGCUGUGGCAGACAUGAAGAACUCUGUGGCUGACCGGGAGAAUGCUACGAGCUCCUGUGCCGGCCUCUUCAUUGGCUCUCACCUGGGCUUCGACUGGCCUGGGGUCUGGGUCCAUGUGGACAUAGCCUCGCCCGUCCAUGCUGGGGAGCGUGCUACUGGCUUCGGCGUGGCUCUGCUCAUGGCUCUGUUUGGCCAGGCUUCCGACGACCCCAUGCUCAACCAGGUGUCUCCUCUGGGGGCGGCCAGAAUAAAUGCUGCGUCCGGGGAACCGAUGGUGCGCGACAGCAAAAGGCGGAGACUGGUGUAAAACCUCUAAGCAGCCACCUCUGGACUCCUCUGCCUCACGAACUCCAGACCCACACACCUCCCCUCUUUACACUGACAUGCACUGUUCACCUAGAAAGCAUUUCCAAUCGUCAAUUCUUAGUCUACUUCUUCACGAUGCAGUGAAUAAAAUGUGGGGGGAAAAGAGCAGGUGGCUAGAAUUUCUCUCAGAUUUGUUUGUGUUGUAUGUAAUUGACUGUCUUUGAUUCUUUGUCCCACAAAGAAUUGGAUGGAAUUAUGAAUAUGCAAAUGUUUAUAGCAUGUUGUACUUAACUUAAAGUAUAACAUAAAGGUUUUGCUGUCCUUGAAUAAAUUACAAGAGCAUUAUUACAAUUUCUGAAAAUAAAAUCAAAAUACAGUCUGAAAUUGACUGUUAAAGUAACUGAAUGAGGGAUGUGAUCCAAGCGAUCUUGUGUGCUAAGUGAUUGUUUCCUUUUUCUUUCAAUGUGUGUCUUGAGUAAAUUCGCUAGGCGAACACAUAUUUUGGUUUGCGGCCAUAGCUUAUCCACUGUUGCCAAAUUUGUCUUUAUGGACAUUGGGAAUAUUUGUGAAUAAAGAUAGAUCUUUUGGAAUAAUCUUAUUCCUUGUAAAAUGAUAACUGCAUAAAAUAAUGUUGACAAACUUGCCUGUAAUAAAUGUAUAAGUAGCAAGCAAACCAUAAA